UGUAGACACUCAUCUAAUUAUAUUAUACUUUGCUUGCUUACGCUCCCAAAUUCUAAUUCUUUUGUUGGCAGUGGCUGUGGCACACCAUCAAUCACUUACCCUCUCUCAUCUCAUGUCUCCUCUAAUGCCUACUCUCUUCACACGCAGAAAACUCAUCACUGCAUAUCAAAACAGCCCAUCAAUAUCAACUUCUAUGACAUUUACAUUUGUCCUCCUCAUUUUCCUCACCCUUCCAUUUCUCACCCUCACAGCAACUCAAGCCAGCCUCUGCAGAACUUCUUGCGGCAACAUUCCAAUCAACUAUCCUUUUGGCAUUGACGAUGGCUGCGGCAGCCCUUACUACAAAAACCUACUGGUGUGCUCCGGUUUGUCCAAACUCGAGCUCCGAACACCUUCUGGAAGAUACCCUGUUAAGUCCAUAAGCUACUCUGACCCUCACAUUCUUGUCACUGAUCCUUUCAUGUGGAAUUGCCAAGAUGGUGACGAUUUUAGAGCCACAAGGCCUUUUAGCCUCGACACCAGCACGCACUUAUCACUCUCCUCUCAAAACGACUACCUUUUCUUCAACUGCAGUGAACAAAACGUCAUCAUUGAGCCAAAGCCCGUCUUCUGCGAGAGGUUUCCAGAGAGGUGUGACUCGUCCUGUGACAGCUCCAGUUAUCUUUGCAGGCACUUACCCGAGUGUGCCUUGGCAUUGAGGAUCAGUUCCUGCUGUUCUUAUUAUCCCAAAGCCACCGAGUCUCUGAGGCUGAUGUUGAAAUAUUGUGCAAGUUAUACUAGUGUGUAUUGGAGGAACACUGGGGAAAACCAGCCUGAUGAUCAAGUCCCCGAAUAUGGGAUUCGGGUAGAUUUUGAUAUUCCGGUGACCACCCGUUGCCUUCAGUGUCAGGACACAUCCAAAGGUGGCGGGAUGUGUGGAUUCGACACCUCAACGCAGAAUUUCUUGUGCUUAUGUGACCGGGGCAACGUGACUACUUAUUGUAAAGAUCAUAGCAUUUCUCAGCAUAGGAGGAAUACUGUAAUUGCAGGGACUGUUACUGGAGUGUCGGUUGUAGGAGCCUUCGGAGUUGGGGCUGGAAUUUGGUACUUGAAGAAAGUGAAAGCUAAAGCACCAGUGACAUGUGGGGUUCAAAGCAAUGAGAAUAGGCUUUUCUAAAGACAAUUAGUUCUUCUUUUCUGAUGAUUUUGAUAUUUUAAAUUUGCGCUUUUUGAACAUCAUCAACAUGCUUGCUGUCUCUUAAUUCUUUCCCCUGUUUAUACAACAGCCAAUGAUACCAAUGGAGAGGCA